CAUUGGGGUCAGGCAUGGGGCCUAAUGGCCUCUGUGCGCCCGACUCGGCAGAUCAAGUCGGUGCUGGGCGGCGUCGGUCCCCGGAGCAAGUGCGCAGUGCCCAGCGGGCGCAACCGGGGUGACAACCUGAGGGACCGUGGCCGCAGGUCUGCCUCAGCUAAUGAAGACACAGACCCCCUGUCAAAGACCAGUGACCAGAUGCCCCAGUGGACAGCCAGAAGCUUCUAUUGAAAACGCCUUCAGGUAACCCACCACCAGUUAAGCUUGGGAAUGCACUCAGAAUGAUGGAUAACAAGGAUUUAGAAGCUGAAAUACACCCCUUGAAGAACGAAGAGAGAAAAUCACAGGAAAAUGUGGGAAAACAGUUGAAAACAGAAGAUAACUUAAAAAGCAGAACUCCGCAGUCCCGACUAUCCCGAUGCCGCACAGUUGCAUUUUUCCUUUCCCUGUUUGUCUGCCUUUUUGUGGUGUUUGUUGUCUCUUUCCUCAUCCCAUGUCCAGAACGACCUUUGUCUGAGCGAAUGUGGAGGAUCGACUACAAUGCCUCAGUCACCUAUGACUUUCUGGCCAUGGAAGACGUCAACAAGGACAGGAUCCAAGAUGUUCUCUUUCUUUAUAAAAAUACCUACAACAGUAAUAAUUACACCAGAUCCUGUGCUGAUGAAGGCUUUUCUACUCCUUGUGCCUUUGUGGCUGCUGUGUCAGGGGCCAAUGGCAGUGUGCUCUGGGAAAGGCCUGUGGCCCAAGAUGUGGCCCUUGUGGAGUGCGCCAUGCCACACUCAGACAGUGAGACUUCUGCCUGCAUCCUGGUGGGAAGACUGGGCUCUUUCAUCGCUGUCAACUCAUUCACAGGAGAAACCCUGUGGAGCCACUCCAACAGCUUUGGUGAGAAUGCCUCCAUCUUGAGCCCUCUGCUCCAAGUGCCUGACAUUGAUGGUGAUGGUGCUUCAGACCUAUUGAUCCUCACCCGGGAGGGAAAGGAGGUCAGAGGGGCCAUCUAUUCAGGGAGCACUGGGCAGCAGAUUGGCCACAGAGGCAGCCUUGGUGUGGACGGAGACAGUGGUGCCCUCCUCCAUGUCACCAGGAUAGGUGCUCACUACAUUCUCCUACCCUGCGGCGCAAGUUCCCUCUGCAGCUGCUCUGUGAAGGUUCUCUAUGAGAAGAUGACUGGGAAAGAUGGCCCGUUUAAGAAAGACUCCUUCUGGGAGAACAUAUUCAACACCUCUACCUACGGAAUAUGCUCUAAUCUCCAUCUGCAGAGCUCUGGAGCAGUUCGCUACCUGAUGAAUGUCCCAGGGAAAGCUGGUGAGGAUGUGCUCCUCGUGAGCUCAGACACCUGUACAUUGUUGGAUGGGCAGGAUCUGACUCCCAAAUGGACCCUUGGUGCAACUCAGAUCUUGAGAAAACCCUUCCUUGGCCACUACAAACCUGACACCUUGGCUGUGGUCAUCGAAAAUGGAACCAGCACUGAUAGACAGAUCCUUCUUCUGGACCUCAGCACUGGAGCUGUGCUAUGGAAUCAGCCCCUCCCAAGCCUUCCUGGGAGCCCAUCAUCCACCAGCUUGCCUACUGCAGACCACCGCUCAGCCUUCUUCUUCUGGGGCCUCCAUGAGCUGGUCAGCACCAAUGAGAUGGAACCCCGAGAUGUGCAGCACAGUCUGUACAUGUUCCACCCCACCCUGCCUGGCAUCCUGCUGGAGCUAGCCAACGUGUCUGCCAACAUCGUGGCCUUUGAUGUGAUCCUGUUUGAGCCAAGCCGCCAUGCUGCCUAUGUGCUCCUGACAGGCCCAGCAAGCUCAGAUGUGCCCGGCCUAGUGUCUGUGACCAAACACAAGGUGCGAGACCUUGUCCUGGACAGCAGAGUGGUCCACUUGGGCGAAGGCAGCUCAGACAGUGACCAGGCUAUCAGGGACCGGUUCUCCCGACUACGGUACCGAAGUUGAGGUAUAGAUGGUGUCAGCUGGAGCACCUGGAGAGACUCCCAACUGUGAAAACAAAGCCUCUUGGGAAAUCAGCCUGCCCUCAGCCUCCAUGUUGAGCCCCCUCUUUACCCUGGUGAUUCUGUCCCUCUGGAAGCUAUGGCCUUACCAGUUAUAUCCAUGGACAUGGGGAAGGUACCCUCAGCCUCCUGCCUAGCACACUGUGCCCUCCUAAGCCUUCAUGUGGUCUUACUGUAUGAUCUGUGGGGUCUGGUCAAGGCUGGAAGGCCUCCCUGUGGUCUCCUUGAGCCAGCUUGUGCACAGCUCAGCCCUGCAGGAGGUUCCAUUGCUUAGUGCCUCCUUACCAGCUAGCUCCCCCAACUGGAGAAGCUACUAAUGUGGGACUUGCUGGUCCCAGGCCCCUGUGAUGUUCCUCCCUCCCUGCCUGGCUCUUCCCUUGUCUACACUGUCCCUUAGGAGUCAGGGAGCUCAGAAACUGGUAGACCCUGGGGCAACCUCAUGCUGCAGCUGGAACCUGAGGCUCUGUAGCCCCCUUCCCAGAGCAGAAGGGAAGCACAUCUGCUGGAAGGUGAGCAACAACUCUGUCCAGGCAGAAAGAGGCCUGCACUGGAGCCUUUGCUGCAGUGGGUGCACUUGGGGGAUACACAGGAUACAUGUUUAGUCAGUCUCUGCCUGUCAGUACACUGGACCUGCUGUCACCCAGAGGUCCCUGCACCCUUAGGCAUGGCAGACACUUCCCUUUCCCUGCUCUCUGGUGCUCACCUGAUGCAGGUCUCACUUUGUGCCUUGUUGCUCCUGAAGCCCAAGGGCAACACAGCAGCCCUGCCCAGACUAGAGCCCUAUAGCUCUAUAGCCAAAGCAGUCCCGUGACCCCAGCCACCAUGGAAAACAACAGAAUAAAUGAUUUUCACUGGUGGGGACAGCCCCAGUAGCCCAGCA